AUGAGUGCGGUUUGGCAAUCCCAUAGGGGCUUUAUACACGAAAGCAAGGUGAAGGAAAAUGCAAAAUGCAGCUCAUCCUCUGGACCUAUCAUCCAUGCCGGCUUCUCCAAAGGGCGCAGCAAGGUGGGCGUCAGAUCAAGCAAACUUGGGCUGUCAUCCAACCAACAUCGACCAGAGGGAUUCCCCCGCACUUUCAACCCAGUCGAUAAGCGAGGGUCAUUUGGCUGGCAUGUAAUCGAAAGAGGGAACUACACCCGCAGCCAAUCGUCUACACAUGAACCAGUGCAGAAGCCUGUGAUCUUUUUGCGAGAGGGCGCAGCGAGAUGGGCAUCGGGUCAGCCCGCCCUAGCGUAA